CACACACACACACACACACACUAUCUCUCUCUCUUUCUCUCUCUCUCUCCCCCCCUCUCUCUCUCUUUCUCUCUCACACACACAGAUUCAGUUCCCACUCUCUUCAGUUUCAGUGUCCUGCUUCCUACUCCUCUGAGCUUCAAGCUCUUCUUCACAAGGCACACAGUUAUUUGCAUAAGUUAAAUUCGGCUCUAAAAGGGCGACAGGAGCUUUCUGUCACUCGGCUGUUGAUGAAGAAGACCCGGUGAACGCGUUAUUGAGAGGGCAUCGAUCCUGCAGCGGAGAAGAAAUCAUCUUGCCUUGCUGCUCACAUUCUACGUGAAGCGACAGAUCGCACAGAGAAGCAUCAUUCAUAACUAACAGCCAUGGACCCCAGCAGCGCGCUUUUCUUUUCCUCUAACGGUCCAGCUCGCUGGUAGACAUCAGGAACCGGACCGACAGACAGACAGGUGAUCUACCACCGAGGAUCUCUCCUGUGGAUCUCUGACCCGAUUCAGUCGGAUAAGAGGAAUCUAACCUAGUGAGGGAGAAAUCCCAGCCAUGGUGAAUGCCUAGCAUCGGCUUUCUUUUCCUGAGUCACAGAAGAGACCAUUGCCAUUACCUCUCUUAGAGGAUCUUUGAUUCCUGUCAGACCAACAGUGGCUCAAACCCACAGAGAAGAUCUUUGCGACUGCUCUGGAGGACUGACAAUCCUGCACCAUGCAUCUCACCACUCAAACCCUCUGCAUUCUUUUCCCUUUACUUUUUCUUAUCUCUUUCUCUACCCCCUCAAAUGCUGGCUCCCAUGAACUACGCUCCUCCCGUGCCAACUGUUCCCAAGGUGAUGCCUGCUCUGAUGGUGUGAUCCUACCUGUUUGGAACCCCCAGAAUCCCUCAGUGGGUGACAAGGUGGCUCGCGCCAUUGUCUACUUUGUGGCCUUGGUGUAUAUGUUUCUUGGUAUGUCGAUCAUUGCAGAUCGCUUUAUGUCUUCUAUUGAGGUAAUCACUUCCCAAGAAAAGGAGAUCACAAUCAAGAGGCCCAAUGGGGAGACCUGCACAGCUACAGUGCGCAUCUGGAAUGAGACUGUCUCCAACUUAACCCUUAUGGCUCUUGGAUCUUCAGCACCAGAGAUCCUGCUUUCAGUCAUCGAGGUGUGUGGGCACCAAUUUCAGGCCGGAGAUCUUGGCCCAAGCACCAUCGUGGGCAGCGCUGCCUUCAACAUGUUUGUCAUCAUUGGCCUUUGUGUCUAUGUGGUGCCUGAUGGUGAGACCAGGAAGGUCAAGCAUCUUCGAGUCUUUUUUGUGACGGCGGCAUGGAGUAUCUUUGCCUAUGUCUGGCUCUAUGUCAUCCUCUGUGUGGUGUCCCCUGGUGAGGUGGAGGUCUGGGAGGCUGUGCUCACCUUUUUCUUCUUCCCUGUGUGUGUGGUGCAAGCUUGGGUUGCUGACCGCCGCCUCUUCUUCUACAAGUACAACCGCAAGCACUACCGUGCCGACAAGAGCCACGGAAUUGUGGUGGAGACAGAAGGAAGUGAUGAAGGAGUGAAGGAGACAGCCUUCAACAAGAUGGACAUGUUAGAGCUGGACGGCAUGGCAGCACACCUGGAUGGAAUGCUGGGGGGAGAGGAUGGUCUUGGAGGACGUGAUCAUGAGGACGAGGCCAGGAGAGACAUGGCCAGGACACUGAAAGAGCUUAAGCAAAAACACCCAGAUAAAGACAUGGAGCAGCUGAUAGAGAUGGCCAACUAUCAGGUGCUGAUGCAGCAGCAAAAGAGCCGAGCAUUUUACCGUAUUCAGGCCACACGGAUGAUGACUGGAGCAGGGAACAUUCUGAAGAAGCAUGCAGCAGAUCAGGCCAGGAAGGUGGUGAGCAGUGGAGAGACUCGGGAGCAGGAGGAUGACCCCUACACCACACGCAUGGAGUUUGAACCUGCACUCUAUCAAUGCUUUGAGAACUGUGGCCUGCUGAAACUCACAGUGGUGAGGCAUGGCGGAGAUCCAGGGUGCACUGUAAAGGUUGACUUUCGUACAGAAGAUGGCACUGCUAACGCCGGCUCUGACUAUGAAUUUGCUGAAGGCACUUUGCUCUUCAAACCCGGGGAGACCCUAAAAGAACUGACUGUGGGCAUAAUCGAUGAUGACAUCUUCGAGGAGGAUGAGUACUUCUAUGUGCACCUGAGCAACCCGCGCAUUGUGGACGGGAGCGAUGGCCACCUGCCGGAUGGGGGUGCUCCGGUUUUGAGGGCGGCUCUAGGAGAGGCUCAUACUGCCACGGUGACCAUCUAUGAUGAUGACCACGCUGGAAUCUUCACAUUUGAGAAUGAGUCGACACGGGUCAGUGAGAGUGUGGGCAUCAUGCAGGUGAAGGUUCAGAGGACAUCUGGUGCCCGGGGGCUUGUUGUUGUCCCCUACCGCACCAUCGAUGGUACAGCCUGUGGUGGAGAAGACUACGAGGAAACAUCUGGAAAACUAGAGUUUAAAAAUGAUGAGACCAUGAAGAUUAUUGAAGUGAAGAUCAUUGAUG